ACGGUGCAGCAAAUGGUGAAGGUAGCAUCAGUGAAAGCCCAGGCUGAAAUAUACAGAUAUUAAACCCUAAACUGGACAUCUGCCUGGGUGUCGAAUACAAUGAAUGCAAUAAGAACUGGGGUUUAAGAACAACAAUAAAGCAAGUGUGUGCGUGCCAUCACCACUGCCGAUUUGGGGAUUGACAGAGGGUUGCAAAGAAGAAAGUGGCACAGCCUCUGGACGCUGAUAAUACUGUAGUAGUCCAUAUAUUUUAGUGUUUUUGUUUGUUUGUUUUUUUAUAUACAGAAGACAAACCAAUAGGCCAGAUCGUUCUCUCUAGGAGUCCGAUUAUUUUAUUUUGACUUUUAACUUAUACAUAAGCUUACCGAAACCGAAGGGGAAAAUAAAAUGUCGACCAGUACCCCAGAAGCGGUGAAGAAAUUAGUAGACAAUAUGCAGACUGAUUUGCGGUCGCUGUCUAUGGAGUGCAAGAAAAAAUUUCCUCCUGUGAAAGAGGCAGCUGAAUCAGGCAUUGUGAAAAUCAAAACAAUAGCUGCAAGAAACACGGGCAUCUUGGCAGCACUGAAAGAAAACAGCUCAGAGGUGGUUCAGCCCUUUUUAAUGGGCUGUGGAACGAAGGAACCGAAGAUAACCCAGCUUUGCCUGGCAGCUGUUCAGCGGCUCAUGACACAUGAAGUCGUUUCUGAGGCUGCAGCUGGGAAUAUUAUCAACAUGCUGUGGCAGCUGAUGGAGAACGGGCUCGAGGAACUCAAGCUGCUUCAGACAGUGCUGGUACUUUUAACAACAAACACAGUCGCACACGAUGAAGCGCUCUCCAAGGCGAUUGUGGUGUGCUUUCGACUGCACUUCACAAAAGACAACAUUACCAACAACACAGCUGCAGCAACUGUGCGGCAGGUGGUAACGGUGGUGUUUGAAAGAAUGGUUGCUGAAGAUGAACGUCACAAAGGUAUUAUAGAGCAACCACCAGUGAUUCAAGGCAACAGUAACAGAAGAUCAACCAAUACCCUCAGACCCUGUGCUAAAGAUGCCUACAUGCUUUUUCAGGACCUUUGCCAGUUAGUCAAUGCAGACGCCCCUUAUUGGCUCACAGGCAUGACAGAAAUGACUCGGACGUUUGGCCUUGAACUUCUGGAAUCUGUUUUGAACGAUUUUCCCCAAGUGUUUUUACAACACCAGGAGUUCAGUUUUCUUCUGAAGGAGAGAGUUUGUCCAUUGGUAAUUAAACUCUUCUCUCCGAAUAUCAAGUUCCGACAGGGCAGCAAUGCCACCUCUUCCCCAGCUCCAGUUGAAAAGCCUUAUUUUCCAAUCUGCAUGCGCUUGCUCCGAGUGGUGUCAGUUCUAAUCAAGCACUUCUAUAGCCUUUUGGUUACCGAGUGUGAGAUUUUUUUGUCCUUGCUGGUUAAAUUUCUGGAUGGUGAUAAACCCCAGUGGCUUAGAGCUGUUGCAGUUGAGUCUAUACACAGACUUUGCGUACAGCCUCAUUUGUUACGGUCGUUUUGUCAGUCUUAUGAUAUGAAGCAACAUUCAACUAAGGUCUUCAGGGACAUAGUCAAUGCCUUGGGAUCCUUCAUACAGUCCCUCUUUAUUGUCCCCAAUGUUGGAAACCCACCCAUUGUAAACACACCAGCAGGUGCUGCUGGCACAGGUGGCCCAGCUACAGCACAGAGUGGUCCGGGAGCAGCUGGGGUGAGCGGAAGAGUGACUCCUCAAGCUGCCUUUGAGUACAGGGGGACCUGGAUACCAAUAAUGACAGUUACUGUGCAAGGAAGUGCUAAAGCAACUUGUUUGGAGAUGCUGGACAAGGUGGAACCUCCAUCAAUCCCUGAAGGCUAUGCCAUGUCUGUGGCCUUCAGCUGCCUGCUGGACCUUGUACAAGGCAUUACAUCCAUGUUAGAAAAGGAGCUGGGUCAAAGUGCCCCCCAAACCAGGCCAGAUCCAGCCAUGGUACAGAAACAGACUUCUGAGCAAAGUGAUAAGGAACCUGACACAAGGGCAGUAUGGGUAGAAAUGGUUAAUGCUUGCUGGUGUGGCCUUCUUGCGGCUUUGUCCCUACUUCUGGAUGCCAGCACGGAUGAAAAUGCCACUGAGAACAUACUUAAAGCAGAAUUGACCAUGGCCUCGCUCUGUGGAAGACUCAGCCUUGUCACGCCUAGAGAUGCCUUCAUUACAGCUAUCUGCAAAGCUUCCUUACCACCACAUUAUGCCUUGACUGUACUAAGCAGCUCGGCUUCCACCCUUACAAACAAGUUGCCUGACUAUAUCUGUGGGAAGGUUCUGGCUGUCCCUAUGGCAACCUAUACCGCAUACUCUAUCCAGGGGCAGAAUGUUCAGAUAAUCAGCCCUUCCAGUGAGUCUCACCAGCAGGUGGUGGCGGUGGGGCAACCCCUUACUGUCCAGCCCCAGGGCACAGUUGUGCUUACUGCAAAAAACAUUCAGUGUAUGCGGACAUUGCUGAAUUUAGCCCAUUGCCACGGAGCUGUUCUUGGGACAUCCUGGCAGCUGGUCUUGGCAACUCUUCAGCACCUUGUGUGGAUUCUGGGGCUGAAACCUGGCAGUGGAGGUGCCUUAAAACCAGGAAGAGCUGUUGAGGGGCCAAGCACAGUUUUGACAACAGCAGUGAUGACGGAUUUGCCAGUAAUUGCCAAUAUUCUUUCCAGACUGUUUGAGAGCUCACAACACCUUGAUGAUGUGUCCCUGCAUCACUUGAUAAAUGCUUUAUGUUCCUUGUCUAUGGAAGCUAUGGAUAUGGCUUAUGGGAAUAACAAGGAACCUUCUCUCUUUGCUGUUGCUAAAUUGCUUGAGACAGGACUGGUUAAUAUGGACAGAAUAGAAAUUCUGUGGAGACCUCUGACAGGCCACCUCCUGGAGAAGGUUUGCCAGCAUCCAAAUUCUAGAAUGAGAGAGUGGGGAGCUGAAGCAGUGACAGCUCUGAUAAAGUCAGGCCUGGUAUACAAACAUGACCCAGCACUAUCAGAGAACCAGAGGCUGCAGUUGCUGUUGCUGAACCCAUUGAAGGAACUGUCCAACAUUGUCCAUGCUGAUAUCCGACAGAAGCAGCUGGAGUGUGUCCUGCAGAUUUUACAGAGCCAGGGUGACAGUUUGGGCCCUGGCUGGCCCCUUGUUCUGGGUGUCAUUGGAGCAAUCCGGAAUGAUCAAGGAGAAUCGUUAAUUCGAACAGCAUUCCAGUGCCUGCAGUUAGUUGUGACAGAUUUUCUGCCAACUAUGCCUUGCACGUGUCUACAGAUUGUGGUGGAUGUUGCUGGCAGCUUUGGACUUCAAAAUCAAGAACUGAAUAUUAGCCUGACUUCAAUAGGUCUUUUGUGGAAUAUCUCUGAUCACUUUUUCCAAAGAGGAGAAACUAUUGAAAAGGAGCUAGAUAAAGAGGAGACCAUUUUGGAGAAGCAGGCAAAAGAAAAAGGCGUUCCUCUGAACCGUCCAUUUCACCCUGCGCCACCCUUUGACUGCCUCUGGUUGUGUCUCUAUGCCACGCUGGGUGAGCUGUGUGUGGAUCCACGUCCUGCUGUGAGAAAGAGUGCAGGACAGACCCUCUUCUCUACCAUCAGCGCUCAUGGAACCUUACUGCAGCAGGCUACCUGGCAGACCGUUGUCUGGAAGGUUUUGUUCCAUCUAUUGGAUCGUGUUAGAAAAUCAUCAACUACAGCAGACAAGGAGAAGAUUGAAUCAGGAGGAGGCAACAUCCUCAUCCAUCAUUCAAGAGACACCGCUGAGAAACAGUGGGCUGAGACCUGGGUCUUAACUUUGGCCGGGGUCGCCAGAAUCUUUAACACCAGGAGAUAUUUACUGCAGUCCUUAGGUGACUUCUUCAAAGCCUGGGAGGUUCUUUUGGAUCAUAUUCAAUCAGCAGCGCUCAGCAAGAACAACGAAGUGUCGCUGGCUGCUCUGAAGAGCUUCCAGGAAAUUUUACAAAUAGUGACUCCAGUGAAAGACUCUGAGAAACCAGACACACUCUCAGCCGUGAACUUGCCUAUCCUUAUUGAUCCAGUGACUGCUUCCGGCCCUGGUAGACCACUUGAAAGAACAGAUUCACUCGGGGAAAGGCUCUCAAGGUACAGUGGAGCUGAACAGAUCCCGCCUCCUGAUGAGAUUGAAGAUUCUGCCCUUUGGUGGUCUGCUUGGAAUGCCUGGUACAGGAUAGGGACUGAUAGUACAAAACCACCAACCAGUUCUGAGAAACUGGCAUUUAUACCCAGCCAGCCUUUUCUUACCGCCCUCAUUCAGAUAUUCCCAGCACUCUACCAGCACAUCAAAACAGGGUUCAGCAUGGACGAUCUGAAAAAACUAGGAGUCAUACUGCACGGUGCAGUCUCUGUUCCCAUCAGUUCCGACGCUUCUCCUUUCAUUCUGCCGUCUUAUACGGAAGCAGUAUUGACAAGUCUUCAGGAAGCUGUUUUGACAUCUUUAGAUGUCUUGCAGAAGACUCUAUAUAACAGUGCACCAGGAAAAGAGCUACAGGCAAUCUGUGUUGGACCAGAAAACAUGCAGGUCAUGUACCCAGCCAUCUUUCACCAGCUUUUGUUGUUUGUGGAAUUCUCUUGUAAACCUCCGCAGUAUGGAAAACUAGAAACAAAACACGUCGCAAAUGCCAAGUACAACCAGAUCCAACUAUUUGCACCGGCCGAGUGGGUAGCCUUGAACUAUGUUCCAUUUGCUGAAAAGUCAUUAGAAGUGGUCGUGGAUUUAUAUCAGAAGACUGCAUGUCAUAAAGCUGUGGUCAGUGAGAAAGUACUUAAAAAGAUUAUAAAGACCUUGAGAAUGCCACUCAGUUUGAAAUAUGCCUGUCCAUCUGAAAGUACGUGGAAGUUAGCAGUUUCAUCCCUGUUAAAAGUGCUGUCCAUCGGACUACCAGUUGCGAGACAGCAUGCUUCAUCUGGAAAAUUCGACACCAUGUGGCCAGAACUUGCCAGUGCAUUUGAAGACUUCUUAUUUACAAAAAGCACACCACCCGAUAAUCUGUCCAUUCAGGAAUUUCAGAAAAAUGAAGGCAUAGAUGUUGAGGUUGUGCAGCUCAUCAGCACAGAGAUUUUGCCUUUUGCUAAUUUUAUUCCCAAGGAGUUUGUUGGCCAGAUAAUGGCAAUGCUCAAUAAAGGAUCCAUUCACUCUCAGUCGUCUUCAUUUACAGAAGCAGAAAUUGAUAUCCGGAUGAGAGAAGAAUUUUCCAAAGUGUGUUUUGAGACUCUCUUGCAGUUCUCCUUCAGCAACAAAGUAACGACUCCUCAAGAAGGUUAUAUCUCCCGAAUGGCACUGUCAGUGCUCUUAAAAAGAUCACAAGACGUGCUGCAUCGCUAUGUGGAGGAUGAGAGGUUAAGUGGCAGAUGUCCACUCCCAAGGCAACAGGUGACUGAAAUAAUCUUUGUUUUAAAAGCAAUCAGUACUCUAAUGGACUCACUCAAGAAAACGCAGCCUGAAAAUGUUGAUGCCAAUACCUGGGCACAGGUAAUUGCAUUGUAUCCAACACUGGUUGAAUGUAUCAUGUGCUCAUCAUCUGAGGUCAGUUCAGCAUUGAAAGAAGCACUUGGUCCCUUUAAAGACUUUAUGCAGCCACCAGUAACCAAAGUGCAGAAUGGAGAGUCGUGACCAAUACCAGAAACCCUAAAGAGUGGAUUUUUAUGAAGUAAAGAAGAUUUUUCUGACCGUAAAAUGAAGGGGUCUUUAUUAAAUAUAAGCCCCUCUAACAGACAGUAACCCGUGGCAACUGUGAGACUCAACCCUAAGAAAAGUCUGAACUACAUCAAUUGAAGUCUAUGUACAAUGUAAUACAGUAAUUGAAACUGACUGGAUGGACUUAAUUAAUUACAUGCUACAGUAAAGCGCAGUGGUUUGUUUUUGUUUGUUUUUUUUCUGAUGGGAGGGUAAAUGUGUGGUGACAGUGUUAAUGAUGUAAUUAAAAAUAAAGUAUUAGAACUUUAUUGAUCUUAAAUAAAUGAUGAAAACGGCUGAUCUUUUUGUGAAGUUUUUCAACAACAACAAAAAACUAUUGUUUCCAAGAUCUUGCUGUAACAUUCCAUGUCAACUGUAAGCAGCCUGAAAAAGGGAUCUAUGUGUGCUUGUAAAAUAAAUGGUACAGUUCUAUAAAAAAAAAAAAAGGUUAGCGGGUUUUUUUGUGAUCUUUAUGUUGUAUACUUCCAGUGUCAUUUUAAGCACUUUC